AUGCCGCUAUCGCCGUCCAUGAUGCCGCAAUCGCCGUCCUUGAUGCCGCAAUCGCCGUCCUUGAUUCCGCAAUCGCCGUCCUUGAUUCCGCAAUCGCCGUCCUUGCAGGGCCCGGUGCGCUCCUUCCAGGUGAAGAACACCUUCAUUGAUGUGGAGGAUUCUCCGAAAGAGGGCACUUGGGGUCCGGAAACCUCAAGGCGUUGCAGAUCAAUGCCUCCGCCACCGAUGUUGGACACUCCCAGUGAGGAUGAUGAUACCAACACCACCCCUGCGGAUGACGAAGUGUCAUCCCCACUCUCUGUGGGAAAAACUCACUAUUCGGAGUCACCGCGCCCCACCCAAGAUCGGCACAUGUUUCCCUCACGCUUAGCAUCCUGGCCCUUUAUCCCGGACACCAUGAUGGUCGUCCUGCCCUGUCCACCCACACCUUCUUCCGAAGCGCAAAAAGAUGUGGAGAAAGUGAGCGAGUCCUCAGAGUUCGAGAAGAAGAAGAAGUUGACCUGCGAUUUUGAUGCCCAGAGCGGUUCCUACCGCGUCACCUGGUACGUGGAUGCCCGAAAGCUUGAUAGCAAUGACAAGCAAGCCGUGUCUCCGGCAUUCGAGUUGGCUUGGAAGGGCGAAGAAGCGAAGACCUUCAAGGUGAUGCUCUUCCCGGAGGCGGCGCCAGGGGUACGUGGUGCCUACAAUUUCAAGAAGUCGCGAGGUCGAGGAUACAUCCGUUUGAAAUGCGAAGACGAGGUGGACCAGUCCACCUUGGCCACGGUGAAGCUCAGCAUGGGCGAAGAGUCCAGGGGCCCGGUGAAACACGAUUUCGCGCAUAGUGUGAGUUGCGGCUUGCAAAAGAGGCAAGCAGUCUGGGAUUGCAAGAAACUCUGUGAGGAAGCCCGCGUGAUGCUGCUGGUGACGCUUGACAUCAAACCAUUGGAUCCCCGAGAAUUGGCGUAG